GCCGGAAGCGCCCCUCCGCCAAAGCCCAUUUGCUCUGCUCGUUGGGCAGGAGUAGGAGGCCGAACGCUCAAGGCGUCCUUCCUCCCUCCCUUCGCGCGACCCGCCUCGUUUUCCUUUCUCCUUUCCCUCUCCCUCAACGCUGCCGCCGCAGCCGCCAUGUCGCCGGUGCGGGCGGUGCUGGCGCUGCUGGCCGCGCUCUCGGCUCCGGCGGCCGGCUACUUCGUCAGCAUCGACGCGCACGCCGAGGAGUGUUUUCUCGAGCGGGUCCCGUCCGGCACCAAGAUGGGCCUCAUCUUUGAGGUGGCUGAGGGGGGCUUCCUCGACAUCGACGUGGAGAUAACGGGGCCUGAUAACAAUGCCAUUUACAAAGGAGACAGAGAGUCCAGUGGGAAAUACACGUUUGCAGCCCACACGGAUGGAACAUACAAGUUUUGCUUCAGCAACAGAAUGUCCACCAUGACUCCAAAGAUCGUGAUGUUCACUAUUGACAUUGGUGAAGCUCCAAAGGGGCAAGAUAUGGAAACAGAAGGUGGUGGAGAUAACUGGGAUGCUCAUCAGAACAAGUUAGAAGAGAUGAUUAAUGAAUUAGCGGUGGCUAUGACAGCCGUCAAGCAUGAACAGGAAUACAUGGAAGUCCGUGAAAGGAUACAUCGAGCAAUUAACGACAACACAAAUAGCAGAGUGGUCCUCUGGUCAUUCUUUGAAGCCCUCGUACUAGUUGCCAUGACACUGGGACAAAUCUACUAUCUGAAGAGGUUUUUUGAAGUGCGGAGAGUCGUUUAAUCAAACUUUUCCCACCGUCACCCUCCCUCUUCAGUGAUCCCAGAGUCUCCAUUCACUGUCUACGAAACAACUUGGUCACAAAAUUCACUUAGUUUUCUUUAUCCCUGCGUUCUGAACUAUAAAACUUGUGUUUUCUUCUUAGCUUUUUUUAUACAUAUCUAUCAAUACAACUCUCAGUGUGUAUUUCCUAGAAAGAGUAUGUUGAAAUUGGCAGACUUUGUUUCUCACCAGCCAAAGUGAGUUCAACCAAAUUGCAAAAGGUAGUUUUAAAAACAGCACUAUUGAUCAACUGAAAUUCUUCCUUGAUUGUUUUCUCCCUUUUCCUUUGUAAUGAAAUGGCUAUUUUGUGUAGGGGAAAUGGUACGAGGUCCUAGAACACUGUUUAAAUGCCUGUGGAGAGACAGUUUAAUUCGAUCAAAGGAUUUCCUCUCCGUUUUACCUAGGAGAGGAAUUUUGGCAUAUACACAAGCCAGGCAGUACUUCCAGGAAAGUAUGCCAAGAAAGAAACAGACACGUUUUUUGUGUUCAGACAUAUUGGAACCAGCUGAUGGUUCUGUUAAGGUGUGCUUAGCUGACUUCUGUAAAGUCUCCUGCACUUUUGCUGUAAUAACACUGGCCUGUUCCUGAGAUACUUUUUAAUUAAUGAGAUGAAAAUACAACACUGUUCUUGCCAGUUAACCUUGUGGUUUUGUGUGCAAACUUAUGAACAGGCAGUCGUUUGGGGAAGACCUGAUUAAAUCUUUUCCUUUUUGCUUUCAAACCCAAAGCUGCUCCUGUGUUUGGCACUGUUGUAGAAUUAAUGUUCAGGAUGUUGGUUCCUGAUGCCAAAAGGUUUUAACUAUUUGUCAGGGGGAGAAGCAGUGGGAGGUUAUUACCAUGCUAUGCAUCUGAUAUUGUAAAAGAAGAGCAGCUAUACUGUUGUAUGGUCAUAACACCACUAGAACUGCAACACCUUUCCUGUGCCGAAGACUCCUGUGCCUUUUAUGUUGCGGGGAGAAAUGAAAUGGGUGCCAUUUUUCCCUGUCAGUGCAUCUUCCCAAGAGGCUUUUGUGCAUUUAAGAGCAGCACAGUAGAAAAACUCAACAAGUGCUGCUGCUGUCACUGUAACUCCAUGAUAAAGUGUACCUGUUGAGUUUCUCCAUUUUGGACUGCUGUUAAAGGCACAGGAGCCUCCGUCAAGAAAAGAGUUGGCACUCCCAAUUAGGCUGUCUUGAAGUAACCAGUAUAUAUUGUGCUUUUUCCUCUCAAACAUGUCAACUUCAUUUUUGUACCAGCUAUUUUCCUUCUUGCUGUCUGGAUGAUGGGUUUAAAAAUUGCCGUCUCUGGGUGCGGGUGUUGAUCCAAGAUUAUGUUGUGGCUAAUGUAUAUUGGUCGGAUAUAUAUUGAUUGUAAUUUGGGGGUGGGUGGGAGCUGGUUCUUUUCAAAAGCGGGGGGCAUUCUAUUGGUAAUGGAUAAGAGUUUUGUACCAAAUUUAAUUUAAUUAAAAUUUGUUACAAGUU